AAGAAGAAGUUACAGGAAGUACUGUGACGUCCGUGAAUCUUAACGGAUGACCCGGUCAAAGCGAAUUCGGUGUGUUUAAAAUGUUCCCCAGGUUGGUUCAAGGUGUUCAGCUGACGGUCAGCCGGUCAGCGGUGCUGCUAUCCGGCUCCGGUUCUAGAGCCGGGGGGCUCUGUCUGCGUCAUGCCGGCAGAAGGUCGCUUCUCCCCCGCUGUAAGAUUCCAUCCACCUGUCCCCCCACCAGAUGUUUGUCCACAGUGGCCCCCUCCAAGGAUGGGAACUUGAUUUACUCCGGCACCAUGGGUGCUGCUAUUCGAGGGGUGAAGUUGUUCUCCUACACCAGCAGUGGUCUCAGCGUGGUCCUCAUGCCACAGAUCCUCCUGAAAAGCGGACUGGGAUUGAAUAGUUUGGCCCUGCAGGUGGUGUUCUGUGGAAUGAUCGGCUUCUUCACCUUUGUGACUCCGGUUCUCCUCCACCUCCUGAGCAGGAGGUACGUGAUCCGCCUCUACCACAACCCAGGCACCGACACCUACACCGCCAUCACCUACAACGUCUUCCUGAUGGAGAAGAAGUGCGUCUUCCACCAGAAGCAGGUCAGGGUCCCUGCUCUCAGCCAGUUAUUCACCACCUUCUAUGCAGGUCAGGUGGGGCUGAUGGUAAACCCAGACCUGUUCCCCAUCCCUCAAGAUUACCUCCACCUGAUGGGCUACGAUAAACCCUUCAGCUCAGCAGCCAUGGACAGAUCUGACAAGUGACUGCAAACAGACUGAAUGUCCUCAGUUUAGCUGUUUAGCCCUCACACGCACACACACACACACACACACACACACACACACACACACACACACNCACACACACACACACACACACACACACACACACACACACACACACACACACACACACAGAUGUAACAGAUCUGAUCCAGUCUGGUAAGCACGAUGAUUUUAAAUGAAAUAAACUGUUGUAACCUCAUUUUCUAAAUCACAAACUGCAGCUCGACUUCAUUAAACACAGAUCUUCAGAGGUUUUCUGGCAUAAAUCCCUUCUUGUUGCUGCUGGUUUGUUUCAUGUUUAUACUGUAAAAUAACUUACUUUACUCACCCCCAAAUUCUGAAAACAUUAAAAAAACAGACCUCCUGUUAGCCGAGGAUCUAUUUUCUUUGAUUCUACUCGGUCCUGUUGCUCAACAUGGACAGAGAUGCACAUUUUCUGUCAAUAAAACUGAGCUCCUCGAA